GCGGCCGCCGCCUCCGCCUCCUCACCAGCGCUAAAGCCGGGACUGGACCGAGCGGAGUUGCGCGUGUUGCCGAAGGGGGGUGGGCCGGGGGCGGGGAGGUUCGUUCCGCGGAGCCGCAGCCAGAACCGGGACCAGGAGUCGAAUUCAUCCCUACCUGGUGCAUCUUUGGCUGAGCGUGAGGAGGACAACACCCCGAUUUUCUACCACUUUAUUGCUACCAGCCCAUCUCCCUGCACCCUCGUGCACACAUGCUCAGUCAUGUAAUCCCAUGGACUUCAGCCCGCCAGGCUCCUCUCUGUCCAUGGACUUUUCCAGGGUCUUUGGCAUGGACACAGGUUCAGCAGGAGGAUUGGAAGUGACUGAUCAGACUCCUGUUCUAUUGGGGAGGACGGCCAUGGCAGCUAGUCUCACGGAUGUAGGAAAUUCGUUUAGUGGGCCACCUAAUCCUUUAGUGAAUAGAUCUAAUAAAUUUCAGAGCUCAUCAGUAGAAGACGAUGAUGAUGUUGUGUUUAUUGAACCAGUACAACCACCUCCUCCUUGUGCACCAGUGGUGGCUGAUCAAAGAACCAUAACAUUUACAUCAUCGAAAAAUGAAGAUCUGCCAGGAAAUGAUUCCAAAAUUCUUCCUUCCUCAAAAGAAUUGGCUUCUCAGAAGGGGAGUGUAAGUGAGACGAUCGUCAUUGACGAUGAGGAGGAUAUGGAAACAAAUCAAGGGCAAGAGAAAAAUUCCUCCAGUUUUAUUGAACGGAGACCAUCCGAGUCUAAAAACAGAACCAAUGAUGUGGAUUUCUCCCCUUCCAGUUUUUCAAGAAGUAAGGUAAAUGCAGGAAUGGGUAAUAGUGGUAUCACCACAGAACCAGACUCUGAGAUUCAGAUCGCUAACGUUACGACCUUAGAAACAGGCGUCGGCUCUGUGAGUGAUGGCCAGUUAGAACACACUGACGGGAGAGACAUGAACCUGAUGAUCACACAUGUAACAUCCCUGCAGAAUGCCAGCUUGGGAGAUGUCUCUAAUGGACUGCAGUCAAGUAAUUUUGGUGUUAAUAUGCAAACAUACACCCCGUCUUUAACUUCACAGACCAAGACUGCAGUAGGACCUUUCAAUCCUGGUAGAAUGAAUGUGGCAGGAGACGCGUUUCAGAACGGAGAGUCUGCAGCUCAUCACAACCCUGAUUCUUGGAUCUCCCAGUCAGCAUCCUUUCCCCGUAAUCAGAAACAGCCAGGGGUGGAUUCUUUAUCACCAGUGGCCUCGCUUCCUAAACAGAUUUUCCAGCCUUCUGCCCAACAGCAACCCACUAAACCAGUUAAAGUCACUUGUGCAAACUGCAAAAAACCUCUGCAGAAGGGACAGACAGCUUAUCAGCGAAAAGGAUCAGCUCACCUCUUCUGUUCUACCACCUGCCUUUCUUCCUUCUCUCACAAGCCUGCUCCAAAGAAACUUUGUGUUAUGUGUAAAAAAGAUAUAACUACAAUGAAAGGAACCAUUGUUGCUCAAGUGGACUCGAGUGAAUCCUUCCAGGAGUUCUGUAGCACAUCUUGUCUGUCUCUCUAUGAAGACAAACAGAAUCCUACUAAAGGAGCUCUGAAUAAAUCAAGAUGUACAAUUUGUGGUAAACUAACAGAGAUUCGCCAUGAAGUUAGCUUUAAAAACAUGACUCAUAAGCUGUGCAGUGACCAUUGCUUUAACAGAUACAGGAUGGCUAAUGGCCUUAUAAUGAACUGCUGUGAGCAGUGCGGCGAGUACCUGCCCAGCAAAGGAGCUGGAAACAAUGUCCUGGUUGUUGAUGGUCAGCAGAAGAGGUUUUGCUGCCAGAGUUGUGUCAGUGAAUACAAGCAGGUAGGUAGCCAUCCAGGCUUCCUGAAGGAGGUUCGAGAUCACACACCGGACUCUUUCCUCACGCAGCCUGAGGAUCACACUGAAGUGGUGCAUGGUGGGCACGAAUACCUCGGCAGCAGUACACGUCCUUGUGCAACAUCAGACCAGCAGAAAUAUGGAAAACUGACCACUUGUACUGGUUGCCGAACACAAUGCAGAUUUUUUGAUAUGACUCAGUGUAUAGGUCCUAAUGGGUAUAUGGAGCCAUAUUGUUCAACGGCUUGCAUGAAUAGUCAUAAGACAAAAUAUGCAAAAUCACAAAGUUUGGGAAUUAUUUGCCAUUUUUGUAAGCGGAACUCUUUACCUCAGUAUCAAGCCACAAUGCCUGAUGGAAAGUUGUAUAACUUUUGCAAUUCCAGUUGUGUGGCUAAAUUCCAGGCUCUCAGCAUGCAGUCGUCUCCCAACGGCCAGUUUGUAGCACCAAGUGAUAUUCAAUUGAAGUGCAACUAUUGCAAAAAUUCUUUCUGUUCAAAGCCAGAAAUCUUGGAAUGGGAGAACAAAGUUCAUCAAUUCUGCAGCAAAACUUGUUCAGAUGACUAUAAGAAGCUGCAUUGCAUAGUUACAUAUUGCGAAUACUGUCAAGAGGAGAAGACUCUUCAUGAAACAGUAAAUUUCUCUGGCGUUAAGAGACCUUUCUGUAGUGAAGGCUGCAAACUGUUGUACAAACAGGACUUUGCAAGGCGUUUAGGACUGAGGUGUGUGACUUGCAAUUACUGCUCUCAGCUGUGUAAGAAGGGGGCGACAAGGGAGCUGGAUGGCGUGGUGCGGGACUUCUGCAGCGAGGAGUGCUGCCGUCGCUUCCAGGACUGGUACUACAAGGCUGCCAGGUGUGACUGCUGUAAGUCUCAAGGAGCCCUUCGGGAGAGGGUGCAGUGGCGUGGUGAGAUGAAGCACUUCUGUGACCAGCAUUGCCUGUUACGCUUCUACUGCCAGCAGAGUGAGCCCAACAUGACGACCCAGCGGGGACCCGAGAACUUACACUAUGAUCAGGGUUGUCAGACGUCCCGAACCAAAAUGACAGGCUCAGCACCACCCCCUUCUCCAACCCCCAACAAGGAGAUGAAGAACAAGGCGGUUCUGUGCAAACCUUUGACUAUGACCAAGGCGACCUACUGCAAACCCCACAUGCAGAGCAAGUCCUGUCAGACAGAUGGCGACUGGAGGACGGAGUACGUGCCUGUGCCCAUCCCCGUGCCCGUGUACGUCCCAGUGCCCAUGCACAUGUACAGCCAGAGCAUCCCCGUGCCCACCACCGUGCCUGUGCCCGUGCCAGUCCCUGUGUUUCUGCCUGCCCCCCUGGACAGUGGUGAGAAGACUGCUGUGGCCGAAGAGCUGAAAAGCACAGGUUCUUCAGAUGCCCUGGGUACAGAGCUGCUGACCAUGACGGACAUGACUGAGGACGAGGGGAAGGCGGAAGGCGCCGACCUCCACAGUGUCAUUAUUGAAACGGACAUAAUUGGUUCUGACCUCUUAAAGAGUGCUGAGCCUGAGACCCAGUCCAGCAUGCCUGAUGUGCCAUAUGAGCCAGAGUUGGAUAUUGAAAUAGACUUUCCCAGAGCUGCUGAGGAGCUUGAUAUGGAAAAUGAGUUUUUAUUACCACCUGUUUUUGGAGAAGAAUAUGAGGAACAGCCUAGACCUCGAUCUAAAAAAAAGGGCACCAAGAGGAAGGCGGUGUCAGGCUACCAGUCUCACGACGACAGCUCUGACAAUUCCGAGUGCAGCUUCCCUUUCAAGUACGCGUAUGGGGUCAAUGCCUGGAGACACUGGGUCCGGACGAGGCGGCUCGAGGAAGACCUUCUGGUGUUAGACGGGCUGACACCUCCUAAGUCAGUGAAGUUGAAAGAGGAUCUGCUCUCUCACACCACGGCUGAGCUGGACUAUGGCCUGGCCCACUUUGUCAAUGAGAUCCGAAGGCCCAAUGGGGAGAACUAUGCACCCGAUAGCAUCUACUAUCUCUGCCUUGGAAUUCAGGAGUACUUGUGUGGUAGUAAUCGAAAAGACAACAUAUUUAUUGAUCCAGGAUACCAGACAUUUGAGCAAGAAUUGAAUAAGAUACUCCGAAGUUGGCAACCAAGCAUACUUCCAGACGGGUCAAUAUUUUCUCGAGUUGAAGAAGAUUAUCUCUGGAGGAUAAAACAGCUAGGAUCACACUCUCCAGUAGCUCUUCUGAACACCCUGUUCUACUUUAACACUAAGUAUUUUGGCCUGAAAACAGUGGAACAGCACUUACGGCUUUCCUUUGGCACUGUGUUUAGGCACUGGAAAAAAAACCCUUUAACCAUGGAAAAUAAAGCCUGUCUUCGGUACCAGGUGUCUUCCUUGUGCGGAACAGAUAGUGAAGAUAAAAUUACUACUGGAAAAAGAAAACAUGAAGAUGAUGAGCCAGUAUUUGAACAAAUUGAAAAUACAACCAAUCCUUCUAGAUGUCCUGUGAAAAUGUUUGAAUGCUACUUAUCUAAGAGUCCACAGAAUCUUAAUCAGAGAAUGGAUGUUUUUUAUUUGCAACCAGAAUGCUCUAGCUCUGCAGACAGCCCUGUCUGGUACUCGUCCGCCUCACUGGACCGAAACACCUUGGAAAACAUGCUUGUACGGGUUCUUUUAGUAAAAGAUAUUUAUGAUAAAGACAAUUACGAACUGGAUGAAGACACAGACUAAAAAAAGGAAGGAUUCAGAAGCAGUCGGGAUAACAGCGUUAGGCAGUCAUGCUGCUAGAUCUUCAUUAUGGAAACAUUUCAGGUUUACUUCUCCUGUUCUGGGUUUUGUAGCAGUGCACCCACACCGGGUACUACCAUGUAAAUAAUCUGUGAGUGAAGUUGCCAUUAUUCUAUGUAGUGGUUUUAGGAUACUUACAAAUACAUUCAAAUUCUUUUUUUUUUUAUUAUUAUUUAUUUGAUUAGGUAUGUUUGUAACUUUUUACAUUACAAAAUAUGAAUGAGAAUGUGCCAUGUAUAAUUUUUUCUUGUAGUAAGAAACAUCCAUAUUGCACCACUCUGCUGUUGCAAAGCUUCCUGGAAAGGGGGCUCUUCUGCUGGGUUUCUGACCAGAUGGUUGUGUGUGGGGAGCACCUACUAAAAGUUUAGAACUUGCAGUGUCUUUCAGAAUUUUUAAAAUAAACUGUAAACUAAU